AUGAAAGGUGUUCAUUAUUAAAAUAAUAAUAUUUAAUCUUCAUACAAUUCAAAUAUUAGAAAUUCAUCUAAUUCUACUUCUGUUCCAUCUUCAUCUAUUAAAAAGUCUUCUACAAAUCCCUAAUAUUUUGAAUAAGUAAAAAGAGGAGAAGUUGAUGAAUUAAAAGAGUAAUAAAUAAAUAAAUAAAAAUAAAAAAAAUUAAAAUAUAAUAAUAAGCAUUUUAAAAAAAACGUAUUCGAAAAAGAUGAUAAAAAAAAACGUGAAUUAAUAAAAAAAGUAAUAGCAUACAUGACAUUAGGAAUUGACGUAUCUAAAUUAUUUGAUUAAAUGUGUAUAGUAUCAUAAACAAAUGAUAUAAUAAAUAAAAAAAUGAUUUAUUUAUAUUUAACUAAUUAUGCUGAAUAAAAUCCUAAUACAGCCCUUAUGGCAAUAAAUACUUUUAUAAAAGACACUAAACAUAAAGAUGGAAAAAUAAGAGGAUUAGCUUUACGUUCAUUAUGCUCUCUCCGCUUUUCAGGUUCUUUUGAGUAUUUAAUGAAUUCUAUAUAGGAUGGGCUAUAAGAUUUAGAUCCUUAUGUACGCAAAACAGCUAUUAUGGGUUGUGUAAAAGUAUUUUAUAUGAAUCCAGAAACUAUUAAAAAUAGUGAUAUUAUAGAUAGUUUAUAUAAAAUGGUGAAAGAUCCAGAUUCUUUGGUUGUUUAGAAUGCUAUAAGUGCGUUGAAUGAGAUUUUAGCAGAUUAAGGUGGAAUUAAAACUUAUAGAUAAAUGAUUAUUCAUUUAUUAAAUAAUUUAAAAAAUUUUAGUAAUUGGGGUUAAGUAAUUGUUUUACAAUUAUUAUCUAGAUAUACACCCAAAAAUGAUGAUGAAAUGUAUGACAUGAUGAAUUUGUUAGAUGAUAGACUUAAAUAAUCUUGUAUCUCAGUUGUUUUAGCUACUAUUAAGAUUUUUAUGAAUUUCACAGUUAAUAACCCUACAGUAUAUAAAUCUAUUCUUAAAAGAGUGAAAACUCCUUUAAUUACACUAAUGGCUUCAACAGAGACUACAAGUAGUUUCGAAAUCGCAUAUACUGUUCUUUCACAUAUUUAAGUUAUUAAUUAAAGAGGAGGAGCUUAAUUUUUUUAAGAAGAGUUUAAAUAAUUUUAUUGUAAAGCAGAUGAACCUACUUAUAUUAAAAAUUUGAAAUUAAAUAUAAUUUCUAGUUUAGCAAAUGAAAGCAAUAUAGGAGAUAUAAUGAACGAAUUAGGAGAAUAUGUAACUGAUGUAGAUAAUGAAUUAGCGAAAGAAUCAAUUAAAACAUUAGGUUAGAUUGCUUGCAGAUUAUAAGAAAUGGCAACACCUAUUAUUAAUUAACUUUCGAAUUUUAUAACUAUGCAUAAAGAAUAUAUUACUAAUAAUACUUUAGUUGCUUUUUAAGAUAUAUUGAGAAAAUAUCCACAUAUAUUUAAUUAAAUAUCUGAUUGUAUUCCUGAUUGUAUAGAUUAUGUUACUGAACCAAAUUCAAAGUCUGCCCUUUUAUGGAUUUUUGGCGAAUUCUCUAAUUAAAUACCUGAUUCCUCUUAUAUUAUUGAAAAUUUAAUUUCAGAAGAUUAAUAAGAAUCUAUUCUUGUGAAAUAAACUUACUUAGUUACUUGUAUUAAAAUGUUCUUAAGAAGUCCAGAUGAAAUGAAAAAUUAACUUGGAUAUUUAUUUAAAAGCAUUUUAAAUAAUAAAGAUGAAGAUAUUGAUUUAAAAGAUAGAGCAGCUUUCUUUUAUAGGGCUAUGUAAAAUGAUAUAGAAGGGUUUAAGUAAAUUAUGAUUAAUAGACAUUCUAAGGCUAUUUCGAAAUUCUCAGAAGAAGAAGAAGAUUCUAAUUAAAAAGUUUGUAAUGAAUUUAAUACUUUAGCUAUCAUUUAUAGAAAACCUUAAGAUAAAUAUGUUAAACCAUUUAGUUAUUUUAAUUUGUAAAGAAAUAAAGAACUUAUAGAUGAAUAAAUUUAAAAUGAUGAUAAGUAAGAAUAAUAAUUAUAAAAUGAUUAAUUUGACUAAUAAUAAUAUCCUAAUUAACAUUAAUAAUAAUAAUAAUAAUAAUAAUAAUAAUAAUAAUAAUAAUAAUAAUAAUAAUAAUCAGAUACUUUAAAUUUAUUAGAUUUAGAUGAUAACUUUGGAAUACCAAGACUUUAAGAUAUAAAUACUAAUGAUUUAGUAUUAAACUUUAUUUACGAUUCAGAUGAAUAUGAAAAUGCUUGGGAAAAUCUAAAUGAAGGCGCAACUAUUACAAGAUUAUUGAAUUAAAGCUCUUAUAUUACAGAAUAAAGUUUCGAAGAUUUGUUUAAAUUAUAUAGAAUUUAUAGUGCUGCUUAAGGCGAAUAAGAUGAUACUUUGAAAUUUUAUUUUUAUUCAAAACAUGUAAUUAAUAUUUUUGUUAUAUUAUAUUUUGUUAAAAUUAAAAAAGAUUCCGUCUAAUGA